AUGGACAUGGACAAUGUCACAGCAGUGUUUCAAUUUCUCCUUAUUGACAUUUCUAACUAUCCUCAAUGGAGAGACAUGUUUUUCACAUUGGUGCUGAUAAUUUACCUCAACACAUUGUUGGGGAACAGAUUUAUGAUCUUUCUUAUUCACUUUGACCCCAACCUCCACACUCCAAUGUACUUCUUCCUUAGUAACCUGUCUUUCUUAGACCUUUGCUAUGGAACAGCUUCCAUGCCCCAGGCUUUGGUGCAUUGUUUCUCUACCCAUCCCUACCUCUCUUAUCCCCGGUGUCUGACUCAAAUGAGUGUCUCCUUGGCUUUGGCGACAGCAGAGUGCCUCCUACUGGCUGCCAUGGCCUAUGACCGUGUGGUUGCUAUCAACAAUCCCCUGCGUUAUUCAGUGGUUAUGAAUGGCCCAGUGUGUGUCUGCUUGGCUGCUACCUCAUGGGGGACAUCACUUGUGCUCACUGCCAUGCUCAUCCUAUCCCUGAGGCUUCACUUCUGUGGGGCUAAUGUCAUCAACCAUUUUGUCUGUGAGAUUCUCUCCCUCAUUAAGCUGGUCUGUUCUGAUACCAGCUUCAAUGAACUUAUGAUCCUCAUCACCAGUGUCUUCACCCUGCUGCUACUUGGGUUUGUUCUCCUCUCCUAUGUACGAAUUGCUAUGGCUGUCAUAAAGAUUCACUUAGCCCAGGGCAGGCUCAAGGCCUUUACCACGUGUGGCUCUCACCUGACCGUGGUGACAAUCUUCUAUGGGGCAGCCAUCUCCAUGUAUAUGAAACCUCAGUCCAACUCCUCCCCUGACCAGGACAAGUUUAUCUCAGUGUUUUAUGGAGCUUUGACACCCAUGCUGAACCCCCUGAUAUAUAGCCUGAGAAACAAAGAUGUUAAAGGGGCAAUAAGGAAAGUUAUGUUGAAAAGGACAUAA